AUAUCUUAUUGUUUAUUUUAUUUUUAUGGUGUAAUAGUGGAUUGUACUGAUUUUUUAAAUUCUUUUCAGAUAUUCUAUCAUACCUUUCAGACGUUCCACAGUAUACUAUAUUCCAUGCAAUUAUUUUUAGAAUAUGCUAAGUCAGCUUCGCACGAGGAAUUAAAGGUGUUCGGAUUACUCCGUGGCGUGACGUAUUUUGCGUGGAACUCCAAGAACUUCCUUCUGCUGGUCAACGUGAGCGUGGCGUGCGAGCGCUUCUACGCGGCCCUCCGAGACGCCGAGACCAAGUGUACGCGGGCGAUAGCGGCCAUCGGGGAUUUAGAUAUAUGCCGGAUGUGCAAGAACGUAGUGCGACUGAACCGCGCGACGUCACAGCGAAUGUCCGCAUACAACCAGUUCUCUGUGGGCGCCGCGUUGCCGCUGCGAUUUGUGAGCGCGGCCGUCGCCUACGUAGUCGUGUUACUGCAGUUCGCUUUGCUGUAACGCUAACUUACUUACUUUAGGAUACGGGAACUAGAUUUAAAUAUUUCAGGUGAAUAUAUCCUUCUCGCUUACGGAAGCGGCUCCUAAUACUAGUGCGAUAAGGACAACGCCAGGUUAGGCGAAAAAUCCUGCGUAAAAAUCUCAAUAAACGAUGUUUUGUACUCGGCUUGU